AUGCUACAAUUUCUCAAACGCGCCCUGCGCAAGCCACGCGCAAACGUGUAUGGUCUAGACCAUGCUGCCCUCAACAUCCACCUCCCGCCACAGAGUAUGUGGAUGAACAUGGGGUACUGGGAGUUCACAAAUGAAUUCCCAGAAGCCUGUCAAGCACUCCUAGAUCAGGUUCUCACUGCUGCGUUAUCAACAGAGACCGCGUCUGCCGUCAGAAUCCUGGAUGUUGGGUAUUCAUAUAUCGGGAUCACGCUGGAGCCAGCGCAGGCCGCGCUCGGCUCAAGCCGCAUUCACCAUAUGCAGCGAGAGAGCGGGGACAACACCCAGGCAGAUAUCUUCUGCGCAGACGCUGCAGUCCCGAGCUCUUGGACUGGGGAGUUGAAGAAAUCAGUAACAGCCCUCGCAAACACGUCAACCAAACAAUAUGAAAAUGCAGACACAUCGACAUGGCUCCUGGCCCUGGACACAAUGUAUCAUUUCAACCCCUCACGUCUACCUCUCCUGACCUAUGCAUGCAACUCCCUCGGUGCCUCAUUCAUGGCGUUUGACAUGAUACUAUCUAAUAGUAUAACCUGGUACGAAAAGAUCCUCCUCCGACUCGUGUGCUGGGGCACAAACUCGCCAUUUGGGAAUUUCGUUUCCGAGAAGGAAUACGUGGAUCUACUUGUUACAGCUGGGUAUAAUCCUGCGUUUAUUGAGGUCCGAGAUAUCUCGCAGUACGUGUUUAAGGGAUUGGCGGAUUUCAUAAAGCGCAGGGCUGGAGAGGCCAGACCUUUUGGGAUUAAAAUGGGGAAGUACCGUGCGGCGCGAUUUGUUUUUGAGUGGUGGGCCAAGGGAAGCAUCGUUAGAGGUGUUGUGGUUGUUGCGAGGAAGGAGUGA